AUGUCUGCUCGCGCAUCUGCACCGACAAUACCGGCGCUGAAACAAUCAUUCCUUGCCAACCAAACAACACUUCUCGCCCAACCUCUUGCUCCAUCUCGCUCAUGGCAAGCCACCAACGACGCGUCCGAUGAGCCUCUCACUGAGCGCGUUGUCCAAGAUGUCCUUUUCAACCUGAAUCACACUAUUCAGCAGCAUUGUCGCCGCGUCUAUUCCCCGCAGGCUAGUCGGAAUAUCGCUGAGCAGAUCGAUAACGUCUUCACCCAGGAAGCUGAGCGUAAAGUAGGAGGCCCAGCUGAUGCUAAAGGCGGUAUUGGCAGAGAACUUGAUCUCACCGAUAGUGAAGCUAUUGAAUCAUUACAAGUUUCUUGGCAUAUAGAAAAGGAUGUCAAUGACCACCCCGUGGAAGUCAAGCGCUAUGCAGAUGCUGUUGCUCGACUAACUGAGCUCAGCGACCAGCGCAAGCGAUUAAGAACGCAAGUGGCACGCUUAAAUCAUCUGAAAACCAUCGUCGAGCCUCUUCAGACGACAGAUAAUGGCGCUGGUAUCCAGGAAAACCUCCUUACUCGCAAUGGCCCUGUUGAAAAGGAACUUGAGAAGAUGCGCUUCUUGCUGGCGAGAGUCGGUGGUCGUGUCCAUGCGCUACCAGAACGAACUUCCAAUGACGUUCCUAAGGAGAUAAGUCUUUCGGAGACAGGCUCUCAGGGUCGGAAGCGACGUGUUGAUCAGUUUCUUGCUGAUGAGGUGUUUCAAUAA